AUGAAAAAUACAUCAAAACGGGAUGUUGUUGUAGGACCAAUACGUUAUCUAAUUAAUGGAUGUGCACGAGGCGCUGAAUUGAGUGUUGCUGCCCCACUAAAACUGUCAACGCAGUGGACACGGAUGUUGCGGAUGCAGGCAACGCCUAAAAUGCAGCCUAAUGAAUUACUGCAGGCGGCUGAAUCGGGAAACUUGGAUGAGUUCAAGCGUCUGUAUCAAGCAGACAACGAACGUUUGUCUAUAAAAGACGGCAAAGGUCGGACGGCAGCACACCAAGCAGCGGCACGAAAUCGUGUAAAUAUAUUGCGAUACAUAAAUGAUCAGAAUGGAAAUUUUAACGCAAAGGAUAAUGCGGGCAAUACUCCAUUGCAUGUGGCAGUUGAAAACGAUUCGUUCGAUGCAAUUAGUUAUUUGCUAUCCAUCCCUGUCGACACUGGUUUGCACAACGACAAAAAGCAAGCGCCGGUCCAUUUGGCAACUGAACUAAAUAAGGUACAAGCAUUGCGGGUGAUGGGCAAAUAUCGAAAAGUCAUCGAUAUACAACAAGGUGGCGAACAUGGACGCACGGCAUUGCAUUUGGCUGCCAUAUAUGAUCAUGAGGAGUGCGCCAGGAUAUUGAUAACCAAAUUCGAAGCAUGCCCCCGUAAACCUUGCAACAACGGUUAUUAUCCCAUACACGAAGCGGCUAAAAAUGCCAGCUCCAAAACGAUGGAGGUCUUCUUGCAGUGGGGCGAACAACGUGGCUGUCCACGCGAAGAGAUGAUAUCCUUUUACGAUUCCGAGGGCAACGUGCCACUUCAUUCCGCCGUUCAUGGCGGCGAUAUCAAAGCGGUGGAAUUGUGUCUGAAAUCUGGUGCGAAAAUCUCUACACAGCAACAUGAUCUCUCGACGCCGGUGCAUUUGGCGUGCGCACAGGGCGCUAUCGAAAUCGUGAAACUCAUGUUCAGCAUGCAACCUUCUGAGAAGCUAACUUGUCUCAGCUGCACCGAUGUUCAGAAGAUGACGCCCCUUCACUGCGCUGCUAUGUUUGAUCAUCCAGAUAUUGUUGAGUAUUUGGUGAAGGAAGGCGCUGACAUCAAUGCGCUCGACAAGGAACAUCGCCCACCGAUCUUAUUGGCCGCUUCACGUAACGGUUGGAAAACUGUGCAUCUGCUAAUACGUCUCGGUGCUGGCAUUAAUGUCAAGGACGCAUCGUCACGUAAUGUUUUGCAUUUUGUGAUUAUGAAUGGUGGGCGUUUACCAGAAUUCGCAGAUGAAGUGAACAAAAAACAGUCGCAUUCUCAAUUAGUACAGCUGCUUAAUGAAAAGGAUGCUUCUGGCUGUUCGCCAUUGCACUAUGCCAGUCGUGAUGGACAUAUACGUUCUUUGGAGAAUCUUAUUCAGUUAGGCGCUUGCAUUAACCUCAAGAAUAACAACAACGAGAGUCCAUUGCAUUUUGCGGCACGUUAUGGUCGCUUUAACACCGUUAAACAGCUACUCGACUCGGAGAAAGGAUCUUUCAUAAUCAACGAGAGUGAUGGAGAAGGACUCACACCACUACAUAUCGCCUCACAACAAGGUCACACGCGUGUGGUACAAUUUUUGCUAAAUCGGGGCGCGCUUUUACAUCGAGAUCACAAUGGACGUAAUCCUCUGCAUUUGGCCGCGAUGUCGGGCUAUACACAGACCAUUGAGUUGUUGCAUUCCGUGCACUCGCAUCUACUCGAUCAAGUCGACAAGGAUGGUAAUACUGCCUUGCACUUGGCCACCAUGGAGAAUAAACCACACGCCAUCUCGGUGCUACUCUCAAUGGGUUGCAAACUCUUCUACAACUACAUGGACAUGAGCGCCAUCGAUUAUGCCAUCUACUAUAAGUACCCCGAGUCUGCACUCGCCAUGGUCACACAUGAAGAUCGCGCCAAUGAGGUGAUGGCAAUGCGUUCCGACAAAUACCCCUGUGUUAUACUGGCACUAAUUGCGUCAAUGCCAAAGGUGUUCGAGGCCGUUUUGGAUAAGUGUAUAACCAAGGCGAAUUGUAAGCGUGAUUCAAAGAGCUUUUACAUAAAAUAUUCAUUUCACACAAUUCAAAAAUCGCCUGCUGAAAUAGCAAAAAAACGUUUGGAUCUCAAUGAUCCCAAUUGGAGACCAGAUCCUCUGCUCACCAUAAAUACGAUGGUCACACAUGGACGUGUCGAACUGCUUGCCCAUCCACUCAGCCAAAAAUAUUUGCAAAUGAAAUGGAAUUCAUACGGCAAAUACUUUCAUCUUGCCAAUUUGUUGAUCUAUUCAAUAUUUCUUCUAUUCGUCACCGUUUUUUCUUCGCUUAUGAUGAACGACAUUGAAAUUCGUCCUUUGGCAGUAAACUCAACGGCUUUGAACAAUUGGAGACUAUCGCUCACUAAUGACAGCAAUUUGAAUUCUACAACAAAUAUUAAUAACACCGAUACUGGAUGGUCUGAAAAUCCAACGGAGGGAAAUGAAUCGUUUGCAAUGAAAUAUGGUGAGACCUAUGAGUGCCUGCAACAUUCUACCGCCUUGGUAUUCUGCGCUGUAGCAAUCGUCGUUUAUAUCGGCUGCAAUUCUUUACGCGAAUUUCUACAAAUGUAUCAACAACGCUUACACUACAUAUUCGAGAUAGUCAAUUUAAUAUCAUGGAUUCUAUACAUAUCCGCCUUGAUCAUGGUAUGGCCUGUAUUCUGCUCUGAUGGUAAUAUAUCGACUGUGCACUACUCGGCUGCGGCAGUGGCGGUAUUUUUAUCGUGGUUCCGUCUAUUGCUCUUUCUACAACGAUUCGACCAAGUUGGCAUAUACGUUGUGAUGUUUUUGGAGAUACUACAAACUCUGAUAAAAGUGCUGACCGUGUUUUCAAUACUAAUCAUUGCUUUCGGUUUAGCAUUUUACAUUCUUUUAUCAAAGAUAAACGAUGCGCAACCGAAUCAUUUAUCGUUCUCCAACAUACCGAUGUCACUGUUGCGCACUUUUUCAAUGAUGUUGGGCGAACUGGACUUUGUGGGCACUUAUGUUAAUACCUUUUACCGUGACCAGCUGAAAGUGCCAAUAACAUCAUUUCUGAUUUUGAGUGUAUUCAUGAUUAUCAUGCCGAUUCUACUAAUGAAUCUACUGAUCGGUUUGGCGGUUGGUGAUAUUGAGUCUGUCAGACGAAAUGCGCAGCUCAAGCGGUUAGCUAUGCAGGUGGUUUUGCAUACCGAGCUGGAGCAUAAAUUGCCUCAAAUGUGGCUGCAAAAAAUUGAUAAAAUGGAGCUCAUCGAAUAUCCAAAUAACACGAAGUGCAAACUGGGUUUUCUGGAUAUUUUUUUGCGCAAAUGGUUCUCGAAUCCAUUCAGUGAGGAUAGUACCAUGGAUGCAAUUGCCUUCGAGAGCAACGACGAGUUUAUCAAUGUUGAAUUGGAGCGCCAACGUCGUAAAUUGCGUGAUAUCACACGACUAUUGGACCAACAACACCAGCUCUUGCGUCUGAUUGUACAGAAAAUGGAAAUUAAAACCGAGGCUGACGACGUGGAUGAAGGUGUAUCACCAAAUGAUCUAAAGGCCAUGUCAAACUACAUUAAUGGACCAGCACUAGGCUCACGAUGGACUUCACCUCGAAUACGCAAUCGACUACGCGCGGCGCUCAGUUUUAAUAAGAGUCUCUAUGAAUAGAGACAACUAACUAGUUGAGAAACAUAUAGACAAAUAUUUAAGAUAUACACGUAAAUUCAUAUAUCAAAAUUGUGGUACAUACAUAGGUAAAACACAACUUUUAAACUAUAAACACUAAAAAACUAAGAAACUGUUCCCUGAAGGGUUUAUUACGACCCAUGCAAAAAAGCACAACGCUCAUACAUUGAAAAAACAACAAGUAAUGAAUGAAUUGUCUACUUUCCCGAGCAAUCGAACAUUUAACACCUGGCGCAUGUUGCUUAACCAUAUAAAGCACAUAUUUUUUUAACGUUCACGGCGGUUGAAAACUCAUGCGAAAUUGGAAUGCAUACUAAAUUCCGUUCGUAGUAAAAAAAACCAAAAGGCAGUUUUUAUACCAAGUGUGCGCAACAAGUAGAAUUAGAAAAAUUAUGGAAAUAAAUAGA